CUGUUUCCUCCCUCCUCUUUAUCUCCUUCAACCACCAACUCUUCCCCAAUUUCCUAGCAAAUUUCCAUUACCUUCUUUCUCUAGGGAAUUCUUCUCAACUUUUCGCUAUCGAUUUAGAUUCCAAUUUACCCUCUGAUUUUCUUCUCUUCUUCUCUACUAUUCCUUUGUGAAUGGCUUCCUCUACUGCCCAGAUCCAUGGCCUCGGAGCUCCGUCCUUCGCUGCGGCCUCCAUGAGAAAGCCUAACCGCGUCUCUUCACGGACUCUGUUCUUCGGCAGUAAACUUGGCAAUUCUUCUGGUUUUUCUAGCGCGACAUUUUUGAAGCUGAGGAGCGAUAUUAGUCGUAGGAGUUCGAGUGUCAGGCCAUUGAGGGUCGUCAAUGAGAAAGUUGUGGGAAUCGACCUCGGAACUACCAACUCCGCAGUUGCAGCCAUGGAAGGUGGGAAGCCAACUAUUGUUACUAAUGCUGAAGGGCAGAGGACAACACCAUCGGUGGUGGCUUACACAAAGAACGGAGACAGGCUUGUGGGACAAAUUGCCAAGCGACAGGCAGUCGUAAACCCUGAGAAUACUUUCUUUUCAGUGAAGAGGUUUAUUGGUAGGAAGAUGUCCGAGGUGGAUGAGGAGUCCAAGCAGGUCUCCUACAGGGUAGUGCGCGAUGAGAAUGGAAAUGUGAAGCUGGAAUGCCCGGCGAUUGGAAAGCAAUUUGCCGCGGAAGAAAUUUCAGCUCAGGUGUUAAGAAAGCUGGUGGACGAUGCUUCGAAGUUUCUAAAUGAUAAAGUAACAAAGGCUGUCGUGACCGUGCCUGCCUACUUCAAUGAUUCUCAAAGAACGGCCACAAAGGAUGCUGGUCGUAUUGCUGGUCUCGAAGUUUUGCGUAUUAUCAAUGAACCCACUGCUGCUUCAUUAGCUUAUGGAUUUGAAAAGAAGAGCAACGAAACCAUCUUGGUGUUUGAUCUUGGUGGGGGUACUUUUGAUGUCUCAGUGCUUGAGGUGGGUGAUGGAGUGUUUGAAGUGCUUUCUACGUCGGGAGAUACUCAUUUGGGGGGUGAUGACUUUGAUAAGAGAAUUGUUGACUGGCUCGCUGCAAAUUUCAAGAGGGAUGAAGGCAUAGAUUUGCUGAAAGAUAAACAGGCUCUUCAGCGGCUCACUGAGACAGCUGAGAAAGCCAAAAUGGAGCUGUCAUCUUUGACCCAGGCUAACAUUAGUCUGCCUUUCAUCACUGCCACGGCAGAUGGCCCUAAGCACAUUGAGACCACUAUUACCAGGGCCAAGUUUGAAGAAUUGUGCUCAGAUCUUCUUGAUAGGCUCAAGACUCCAGUUGAAAAUUCCUUGAGGGAUGCAAAACUCUCCUUUAAAGAUAUUGACGAGGUUAUCCUUGUGGGUGGAUCAACACGUAUUCCAGCUGUUCAGGAGCUUGUUAAGAAGAUGACUGGGAAGGAACCAAAUGUUACCGUCAAUCCUGAUGAAGUUGUUGCUCUAGGUGCUGCCGUUCAGGCUGGUGUUUUGGCUGGAGACGUUAGUGACAUUGUUCUAUUGGACGUGAGUCCACUAUCUUUGGGUCUUGAGACUCUUGGUGGUGUUAUGACUAAAAUUAUCCCAAGAAACACUACACUUCCUACCUCCAAGUCAGAGGUGUUCUCCACAGCCGCUGAUGGACAGACCAGCGUGGAGAUUAAUGUUCUUCAAGGAGAGCGAGAAUUUGUGAGGGACAACAAAUCACUUGGAAGCUUCCGACUAGAUGGUAUCCCACCUGCACCACGUGGGGUUCCCCAAAUUGAAGUCAAAUUUGACAUCGACGCCAAUGGAAUCCUCUCUGUUACUGCGGUUGAUAAAGGCACAGGCAAGAAGCAAGAUAUCACCAUUACUGGUGCUAGCACGUUGCCCAGUGAUGAGGUGGAACGGAUGGUUAGCGAGGCGGAUAAGUUUGCAAAGGAGGACAAGGAGAAGAGAGAUGCUAUUGACACGAAGAACCAGGCUGAUUCUGUUGUGUACCAGACAGAGAAGCAGCUGAAGGAGCUUGGAGACAAGGUGCCCGGGCCAGUGAAGGAGAAGGUGGAAUUGAAACUCGGAGAAUUGAAGGAUGCAAUUUCAGGUGGGGCAACCCAAGCCAUUAAGGAUGCUAUGGCUGCUCUGAACCAAGAGGUGAUGCAGCUGGGGCAAUCCUUGUACAAUCAGCCGGGUGCCAGUGCCGGUGCCGGACCAAGCGAAUCAGGGCCAUCCGAACCAUCAGGCAAAGGACCUGAAGGCGAUGUUAUUGAUGCAGAUUUUACCGAUAGUAAAUGAGAAGAUAGGAUUAAAAUUGAUUUCCGGGUUAAAAAUUUUGCCUUCUCAUCGGGCACGAAUUUGUAUUGCCAUUUCAUUUUUGCGGGGCAGAUCGGAUUGGGGUAUUGCUAGUUGGUUGGUUGGUUACAUUUCCAAUCCUUUUUGUUUGGUGCAGAGGAUUUGUUGGUAGGCAUUGUCACAUGAUAUUAGUUUGAUGAAUUACGUGCUCUCUGUACAAGUAAAACACUUUACAUGGAUAUUAUUAGCUAUAUUGGAGCGGCAUCUGUAACUUCCAAAUUUUGUCUUACGGUUGAAUUUCAUGUUACAAGUCCAGAAUCUCCUACU